AACGCCUGGCCGAAAAGUGUUGCUACAUUUCAGUUCCUGUUGAAUUUGGUUUGAUCUUUUAAAUUUUCUGGUUAAUGGCGAGCUGAAGACUAGAUUUUAUGAUGGAUGGAAAUACAUGGGCUGAUUUUGGUUCAUCAGCGGGAAAUGAAGAGGUACUGUAAGGGAAGAUUUUUGCGGUCUUCGUGUAGAACUUUUCAACUCGUAAUCGAAAUGCGUGGACAAUAUCGAGAAUGAAUUGUAACGUGUAAGUGUAACGUUUAUAUAUAUAUAUGUGUAUCUUUUUCAGAAUGAUGACGAUGAUUGGGCAGACUUUGGAGGUUUCGAGGUGAACCUUUUUCCCCGUACAUGCAAGUUUUCUAGAUUGAUGUCAUAUAUCAAAUUUGUGGACAGAUAGCUAGCUAUAUUUCAAUCCUAGUGCAGUUUUAAUUUCAUCCCUAAAUCAUUUUUCUGUUUUAAUGAGUUUGACUAGGGUAUUGUUGUUGGAUUUGAUUUAAGAGCUUAGGACUAGAAUAAUUGAAUUCUUGUAGUAAUUUCAGGUUGGAAGAAUGAUUAUUUGUAAUUAGUUAAUUGUUCUGGUGUGUUAUGGUAUUUGGGUAACAAUUUAAUAAUUAUUUCUCUGUUUAAGACCAAUGCAUUACUUGUUGUAGACUACUGUAUUUUAUUUUAUUGUUUUAUUAUGUGGAUCUCAGAUUUUGAUACUUUUCUGUGCAUAAACCAUGCAAACAUGUGUAGGACUUCUCUUUCAGUCUGCAACACCAGCUGCAAAUGGAAGUAGUGCACCAGGAUCUCUAAUUACUUGGGCUGCAGUUGCCCCUCCAUCAUCAUCACCCACCACAUCUGGGAUAUUGCCAUCUAAUAUUGCGCCAUCAUUCAACACUUCAAGUAAAACUGACAAAAGUUCAACUUCUUCAAUCCAGAACCCUCCAGCUGUUAGUGACCAUUCAGAUUUUAUUAACUCGUUUCUUUUAAACAAUCAAAAUGUAUCUCCAGCAACAUCUGCAUCAUCAGGAAAAUCUUUGAAAGAGGAAGAAAACAAGCCAGACUACAAAACAGAAUAUGACAGCUUUCAUGCAGAUUUUUCUUCUUUUCUCGCUGAAUCAUUGACAGAACCAGUGGAAACAAUUUCAGAUCCAUCUAACAAAGAACAAGGCCAACAACUUCAGACACAAGCCAGUCAUACAAGUGGUGGAAAUUCAGCAGUGACAGAUGAAAAAUUUAUACCAUCAUAUAUCACAGCUGUAAAUCAACAAACACAAGAAAACAGUCCUAAUACGUUUAAUACUUUAGAUAAAGAAGUUUCAUCAGCUCAAGACAUGCUAUCGGUAUGUAAAGAAAAGGCUCUACUUUUAACUAACAUGCUUGAGUUUGAACCAAAUGCCAUUUUAAUGAAAUUUUUACUUUUGCCUUAAGUUUUUUUUCCAUAAAAUCUUCAUUUCUCCUUCCCUCUCUAUGAAAUAUUUAUCUCCUUAGAAACUCCACCCUUCAGUGAAAAGGAGAAUUCUGAUUAAAAUCCAUAUAAAUCAAAACCCAAUGUACUUACAAAUAAAUUCCUUUUUAUGCAUAGGUUGUAAUGGCACAACAACAGCCAAGUUCAAUGUUUGAAAAGCCAACAGACAGUACUCACAAAGAACUUACUCAGCAGCUUCAUGAUGCAAAUAAAAUAAACAAGGAACUUGAGGAGAAGAUGGAUGGACUUCAAGAAAAAUUAUCCAUUGCUGAGAAAGAAAAAUUAAAGUUACGAGAGGUAUCUGGCAUUGUCCUUCAAUUUUCAUUCAAUUUGGUAUUCAAACAGCACUGUUGUAUGUGUGGAAUGUAUUCUAUAUUUCAGCCUUAGGCACACUGUGUUAUAGUGAAGAUCUUGAGUCUGAGAACAGUUGGUCUUAUGUAUCAUGGUUGCCCAGUGGGAGUAGUCUUGGAAGGGAAUAUUAACAGUGAUAGUUUGUGGGGGAGGGUCUGGGGAUCCAGAUCCCCUUCCCCAACAGAUCUGUGGGUUUAUUUUCUUCUUGUCUGAUACCAAAAUUCUCACAAUUACAAGAUCCAAUGUUACUACUUAAGGUGAAGAAUUUAAACUUAAAAUAAAUCUGUAUAUUCUGAAUCAAAAUUUCUACUUUCCCCCCCCUCCUCCACCUGUAAGGAAUUUCUAGAUCCGCUCCUAGUACCUAUUAUUUCUGUGUUGACAACUUGACCAGAGAACAAAUUCAGAGCAAUUAAAAUGUGUUGUGGAUUAUUUCUAAACUAUCUUGUGAACUGAUAUUUGCCAAUAGGACCUAAAUGCACUUCUAGAAAAGGAUAAAACUCUUGAAGAAGAAUCCCAGAAUCUUACGGAAAUGCUUGCUAAACAAACAGAGAAAUACCAACAUCUUCAGGUAAGAGAAAUUUUGAGAAGGAUCUAUUAAACCUUUAACUCCCAGAUAAAAUUUGUAAUUUUCCUUAUAUACAAUUCUUAUAAUUUUAGUUCAGAGAAUUUAGUAUUGGAUCAACUAAUAAUCCCCAAAUUGAUAUUUUAUAUUUCUUUAUUCUCAUCACUUAUCUGGUUGAUAUGUUAUUGAUAUAGUGAGGAGAAAUUCUGUCUUAGUCACUCAUGGGAGUUAAAGGGUUAAGUGUAAUCCAUAUGAUUGAAAAAUUAAAUUACAAAUUGCUGUUUUCUCUGUAAUUCUACAGGAACAACAUGAAAAUCAAGUAAAAGAGAUUAGAAAAGCUGGCCAUGACACCUUAGCAGUAAUUGUGGAAGAAUAUAAGGUAGUGCCACUGGAACUGAAUUUAUGUCAGUUAUAUUCUUUUUUAUUCCUUUUUCCCUCUCAUCCUCUUUUUCUUCUUCUCAUUUAAUCUUCAUCUCCUCCCUUUUUCUGCAGCCAGUACCUCCUCCUCCACUAAUUUUCCUUUCCACCUGUCUUUAGAAGUGUUUAAUAAUAGUUGAUGCCUUCCCUCUCAAGGAAUUAUCCAGAAAAGCUGUUUUGGAACAACAAGAAUGUAACAAGAAUGAAAUAGAAAAGCUUCUGGAAGAUCAAAAAAAGAAGUUUCAGGGCUUCCUUCAAGAUCAGGUAAAGAAAUCAAUUUCCUUUUUCUUUCUUCAAUAUUGAUUUUCUUUACAUCCUCAAAUUGUUAGCAGUCAUUUCCUCAACUGUUGUUAGAUGGAUGUUUUUGCAUUAGUUUGCAUUAUGUAGCUUUAAAAAGUGUUAAAAGCUUGCCACAGUCAGUGCUUUUCUCUUUCCACCAAAUAUUUCUAAUUUCCAAUCACACGAGUCUCAUAAACUUUCACGUUGAAGUUGACUUUUCACCUUGUAGCAAGAGAGCUUUGAAAGAACUUUACAAGAGGAGAGGAAACAAAACGAACAAAAAACAAGUGAUUUGUUGGAUGAGGAAAAACAAAGGCACAAGGUAUGAAUGUUUAUGCGCAGAAUAGAAAACCGAACAAAGUUUUAACAAGUAGAAGUGUUGAGCUUUUUAACAGUUUUUUCGUUGCCUGUAGGAGGAGAUUGAAUCUCAUCUUGAAAAAGAACGAUUAAAGAGCAAAGAGGCUUUAGACAAAGCUAUUGAGGUAAGUAAGUGGUCUAUUUGAUAUGACAACUAAAAAAUGCGUUAGUUUUACUAUGCUGUGCGCAGUGAUUGGUAAAGAAAACUCUUACCACCCUCUUAGCCAAUAAAAUUGAAAGAAAAAAACCAUCUGCAACUAGAUCACUCACAUUUUCCCGCGCUUUGGGUAGUUUGAUGGAUUUUACUCCGAGUUUAUUUCGGUUAUUUGUGAUAUUUCACUCCACAGUGAUUGGCUUUUGUAAUUACAUUGGUCUUGAUUUUCUGAUGCUCGGACGAUAUGCGCUCUUUCUUCUUUGAAGUUUGAAGGUAUGCCUCUGAUAUUUCUUCUCCAUCAGGAUGCCAAUCAGCAGUGCACAGAAGCAGUAGAAGCGGCAAGAAAAGAGGAGAGGAGAAAAUAUGAGGAAUUCAUUACAGAACAUGAGGUGCGUUUAUGAUUUUGGGCCGAGGUAACCACGGCGUGCAUGUGAAAGAUAGCUUGAGACUGAACAGCCCUAAAACCUGAAAUUUCUAAAUGUGAUGAAUUCGUUGCAGAAGUUCCUUUUUAUUGCUACUGCUGUUACUUCUGCCACAUUCAAGAUUAUGCAGCAAGAAUUCACACUUGAGUGUUAUCCCUGACCUUGGAAAUUUUUUACUUGUACUUCUACGCUAAAUCUUUUUAUUAAUGUGGUAACCAAUACAGUAGUAAAAAGGAACUAGUAUGGCUUUACAUAAGAGAUAAACAUCCACAGUCCUAGAGAGACUCAUGAACGUCUCCCCCCCCCCUUUCUUUUAUGGGGAUAAGAAAUAACAAACAUAUGAAAGAGGAGUAAGCGGACUAAGCUGAUCUGGUUGUGAUAAGAUAGGUCACGUUGGCCAAACCAGCUCCAAAUAUAGCAGUACAACCGCCAUAUUGCAACGCGAUCCGUUUAUGAGUUGAGUCUGAGUGACACUAUACACUGUGUGUGUGAUAUACACUGUGUGUGUGAUAUACACUGUGUGUGUGAUGAAAAUACUCCAAGAAACAUGCAUAUUCGCUUGGGCUUGGGUAAAUAUGCAGGUAGAAAGAUACAUCACGUAUUUUCUGAGCAUUUUUUUGCUCUUCUGACGGAUGGCUAUAUAUAUAGAUCUGCUGUUGGCAGGUUUCUCAAUCUUUCCGCUUCCAUGUGAUUUUUUUUCCUUGUCCACAGGAAGCCAUCAAGACAAUAACAGACCGAGAAGGACACCGGCUACAGAGACUUGUGGAAGAUGCCAUGAAGGAAGAGAGAGAAGCUAGCAAAGUAUAUGUCACUCAAAUAAAUUUUUUUAUCUCCUCUUGUCCCAUUCAAAAUAGCAGUAGUUAAGUGAUUCGUAAUUAAGUUUGAAAGAAACUUGACUAUAACUUGAGACAGUUUUAACAAUAUGCAAAAUUGCUCUCGCCUUGAAAGAGACUAGACAUUAUUAGUCCGGUACGAUAAACAACACAAAUGAGGCCGCGCGUCCUCGCUACAAUUUAGCCAAAAUAGCGGUAUUUUUUAACUCAAAAAAGCGGCUCAACAAAAUUUUACAUUUGUGUAACAUCAGAAUAGUUUUUAACACAUAUCAAAAAAAAAAAUUUACACGUUAAGGAGAUUAAAUCGGAUUGUAAAUGAUACGCUUGAAAACGUUGGCUAAAAUUUUCAAGACUCAUAAUCCGAGGUGUGACGUCACUCUAAACAAGAGGGGCGCCAUGAAAAUCACAUUGACAAAUCACAGUAAGGUAAGAAAAAAAGGAACGAAUCAUUAAAGUAGACAGACUUUAAACGCGGGAAAUUUAGUGUUAGCAACUGAGUUGAAAACGUAAAUUGGCCAUCGUAAAGAGUAAACAAGCCGACAUUUCGAGCGUUAGUCCUCCGUCAGAGCGAAUGACGAAGUGCUAACGCUUGAAACGUCAACCUGUUUACUCUUUACGGUGGCCAAUUUACGUUUUCAACUCAGUUGGUAAUACUAAAUUACUUGCCAUACUCUCCCACCGACGCAACACCACCCCCUUUAAACGCGGGAAGGUUGGUAAGUGCAUACCAUCGGAAAGUGCGGACAAACUAGCGAAAAGGGUGUGUUUAGCGUGACUGCCGAGAGAAUUUUUUCACUCCAUUUAUCUUAUGAAUUCUCGUGUGGCAACGCUUCUAAUGAAGGAAAUUUUAGACCUGUUUUGAUGAUCAGUUGUAGUCCACAUCAAUAUUUGUGGUUGUUUACGGGGUUUUUCAGGUGUUGCUUUUCCACCAGCCUUUCUUUUGCGGUCUCUACAGUUUCUGUUUCUGUUUUGAUCUGUAACGCAGGUUGUGUUGGAAGAGGCUCUGAAGGAGGAAAGGCAGAGAGGGAAGGAGUUUGCUGAGGAAAUAAAGGAGGAGACAAAGAAAGAAAUGUUGGAAUACUCACGAGUUAGACAAGAGGUAAAAAUAGGGGGUCAUGAUGGAAAGUAUUUAAUGAAUGAGGGAAUGAAUGAAUGAAUGAAAUAUAAAUGAAUGAUUAAAUAAAUGAGUGAAUGACUGAAUGAAUGGAUAGAUAAACUAGGUAACAGUACAAAAGGAAAGAGUGAUCGAGGGAGAAGGUAAGUAACAGAUGCUGGGAAUGACAAAAUCUAAAAAAUGGCUCGAUUUUCUUAGAUUCACAAACGGCGGCAUAAUUCGCUCUAGCUUAAGAGCAUUUUUGUCUUCAGGUUAUGCUGAAACCAAAGUAUUCGAGGACGCGAAUUGACUUCGGUGUAAAGUGUACUUCACAGAUAUUCAAAGAUGUCUUUAAGUGGGGCAGUCUUUAAUACUGACUUUUGUGGUCCGUUCUUCAAACAGGCUGAUAGAGCCGUUCGACAAAAGUACCUUCAUGGUUUGGACCUAUUUUUGGAGAGCGCAAGGGCUCAGCUGAAAAUGCUGAUGGAGGAUCAACGCGAGAAGGACCCUGUCAGCGACUAGUUGUAGUGAAAAUGACUAAAAAAGACAACACAAAUUCCUAAAUAUUAAGGCACAAAGUGCCGGCUUUCGUGGUUUUUUUUUUAUAUACAAUUACGUCAGUUGUUUCCAAAGGAAGUUUGAUAGUUAGUGUCUUUUUAUACAAGGUAGUUGGUAGCAGGUGAAUUUAACGCAGUGUUCUUGGGGGUGUUUAUCACUAAAUGUAACCUAAUAAUUAUAGAUGAAUCAUGUAAUGCAGGUCUAUUAUGGCCGACGUUUAGCUAAAUAUCAAAACAGCUUUAGCAAUCAUGUCAAACCUCUUAAAAAGCGUACAGAAACACGAUGAUAAAAAUUUAAUAACCAAACGCGACAAUGAUGUGUGUUUAGUCAGCGGGUUUAUGGUCACGAUAUUUCGUGGUUAAACGUCCGCGCAUGAGCAAAUGUUGUCAUGACUCGGGAAAAACAGCCGCAAACGAGUGCGCGGUUUGAACGUUCAGGGCUACGAUUCUUCUGCUGCAAACAUAAACUGACGCGGUUUUUCCGCUGAUUGAAAGGAGCCAUUUAUUCUAUUCCUUGCAAUGACUGUGACAACGAAUUCAUCGGACAGACUAAACGUCAGUUUGGUACACGUUUGAAAGAGCAUUAAAAAGCGGUUUUCUUUUGCUAAAAAGAAAAUUCAGCUUUAUCAGAGCACACAUGCCUUACAAUUGGG